GAUUGAUCGUGAAAUUUGUCUUAAAAACUUAACAUCUUUAUAAUUUAACGACUCAAGUACCAAACAUCUAACAAAAGGAAACCAUAAGUGAUAGAGACCGGUUCAAGAUGAUCAAUCUCUAAAAUAAGGCCAGUUUGAAAUGGCUAAUCUCCCAAAGAAAUAAGAAACACAAACAUAGAUACUUUAAUGAUAAUUCUUCUCUUCCCCAAAACAAUGAAAAUACAUCCAAAUAUAUAACAAUGCAAAAGUCUAAAAACUAAGAAGUGGAAAACAUGGCUAACCGUAACUAGUCUACUCUUUCAAUGCAAAAUACAUUAAACAAAUAAUUAAAUAAAAUGCAAAAGAAGUGGAAGAGUAACAUGCAAGACGCGGGUGACUUUCAUCUAAGGCGUGGGUUCCAUGCAAAGUUAUUAGUGACACUCCAGAAAUUGUUGCGCUAUGUCACCACAACUUAUCCAUUUAAUGUAUAUACAAAUAUACCAUGGAUCCGGCCAUGGAGGCGGCCUUGUGUAUAAGCCUAGACACGUAUCAAUAAGGAUCGUCAGUGUAACAAAAUGCCAGGUUGGACGAAAGCUGUGAUUUUAAUUAUACCAGAGGCCAUUCCUGUAAUUUACUCUAGAAUUACUAAGGCGUUUAAAAUUAGGUCUCACUAUAACAAAACAUUGAUGCUAGUAAUCCCUCCAAUGAAUUCAAACUUGUGUUUUAUUGAAUCCAACUAUUUGAAGCCGAUUGUCGUGGUGAUGUCGACUCCAAAAAACGUCGCUUCGUUCAUCUACUCCCAUCUCCCCAACAAAUUCAGAGGUACCUUCAGUUCUCAUUCUUCCCCUCUUUCUUUCAAAAAUCCUUCAUCCUUUUUAGAAUUAGCUACCGGAAUCUGUCCCUCCAAAACGAUGUUAGCAACAUUUCAUUUAACUUCUUCACCCAGUCAUGAAAGGGUUUUUAAUCAUCCUCCAUCUAUAUUUGAGAAGAUCACUAACCUUGAUGAUGCCAUCCAAGUGUUCGAUGAAAUGACACAGAGACAACCUCUGCCCCCAGUGAUUCAAUUCAAUCAGUUGUUGCAAGGUGUUACCAAAAUGAAACACUAUUCUUGUUCCAUUGACUUUUUUAAACAAAUGAAUGCCCUUCGUGUUCCUGUCGAUGUGUACACUAUUAGCAUUGCUAUCAAGUGUUGCUGCCAAAUGUACCAUACCAAUGAAGGAUUUGCAGUCCUUGGCUAUGGGUUUAAACGUGCUGUUUUGCCUAAUGUUUACACAUUUAAUACACUCUUAAAUGGACUCAUCCUAGAAGAUAGAGUCCCCAAUGCGGAAAUGUUAUUCAAGAAGCUAAUCAAAGAGGAACUUUGUGAACCUAAUACAAUUAUGUACAACGCUAUGAUUAAAGGGCUUUCUAAAUAUGACAAUAAUGAUACAGCCAUUGCUUUGCUCAAACGAAUGGAUGAAAAGGGUUGUAAACCUGAUGUGUUCACAUAUAGCACCAUCAUUGAUAGUCUUUGCAAGGACAAAAUGGUAGAUGAUGCUUUAAACCUCUUCAAAGAAAUGGUCUUCCACAAAGGCAUUCUACCUGAUGUUGUCACUUAGAACUCUUUGAUUCAUGGUCUUUGUAACUUAUGUCGUUGGGAUGAGGUCGAUAAAAUACUCAAAGAAAUGGAACAGCAAAGGAUCUCCCCAGAUGUUCAUACUUUUAGUAUAUUAGUCGAUGUACUUUGCAAGGAAGGUAAACUGGAAGAAGCAAAAGGUGUUAUCAACUUAAUGAUUCAGAGAGGGAAGGAUCCUAAUGUAGUGACAUAUAAUUCACUUAUUGAUGGGUAUUGUUUGCGUGGUGAAAUGAGGAAAGCAAAGGAGGUUUUUGAUUCCAUGGGGUUUCGAGGUCUGGUUCCUAAUAUUGUGACUUAUAAUAGUUUAUUGAAUGGUUAUUGCAAGAAAUUGAAGAUGGAAAAGGCCAUGCAUUUGUUUCAUGAAAUAACUAAAAAAGGUAUGAAAUCCGAUGUCAUCACUUACAACACCAUGAUACAUGGAUUGUUUCGAGUUGGACGUUGUAAAGAUGCAGAUGAACUGUUUCAUGAGAUGCGAGCACAUAAUUUGAUUCCAGAUGAAUUCACUUAUGGAAUAGUUUUGGAGGGUCUAUGCACCAACAAUCAAGUGGAGGAAGCACUCUCUUUCUUCUAUUUGAUAGGUGACAACAACCUAAAUUCAAAUAUUAUUGUGUACAGUAGUAUACUCAUUGAUGGUUCAAGUAAAAGUGGGAGGUUUGAUAUUGCAAGGAACCUUUUCAAUGAGUUAAGUGUUAGAGGUUUGCAACCGAAUGUUUGGACAUACAAUGUAAUGAUUAGUGGUUUUUGUCGGGAAGGUUUAGUGAGUGAAGCGAAAGAGUUGUUUUUUAAGAUGGAAAAGAGAGGUUGCUCACCAGAUGAUGUGACUUACCGUGUUCUUCUUCAAGGAAUUUUAAAGUAUGUUCAUCAUGAUAUGGUAGAGAUGCUUUUAUUGGAAAUGGAAGGGAAAGGCUUUUCACUUGAUGCUUCAACUGUAUCAAUGUUACUUGAUCAUAUAAAAGCUAGAUCUUUAGAUGCUUCUUUGCUUAAGUUGAUUGGUAAGCUUGUGCCAAAGGAAGAAGUGGACACUCCUUGUUUUACAGUGUAAAUGGUUUACAAGUUUGUUAUGUGUUAGUUUUCUUUGUUUCCCAAUAUCCAGAAGACAAUAGUUGUGACUCGAAAUUCAAUGGGGCUUCUCCUUUCCUUUUGAUUUGCAAAAUUGGAAGUUAAACUUUUUCUUUACGUACAAGAUACCAUGU